AGCUUUAACUUCCGGUGGGUCAGAGUUCAACGCAGUUAGAGCAAAGAUGGCGUCGCUGAGUGACAAAUCAGUUUGGGACGAAGUCGAAGAUGGAAUCGGCGAAGAAGUUUUAAAAAUGUCCACGGAGGAGAUAGUUCAGCGGACUCGUCUCCUCGACAGCGAAAUAAAGAUAAUGAAGAGCGAGGUGCUGCGUGUGACCCAUGAGCUGCAGGCGAUGAAGGAUAAAAUCAAGGAAAACACGGAGAAGAUAAAGGUGAACAAAACCCUGCCGUAUCUCGUGUCUAAUGUAAUCGAGCUGCUGGACGUGGACCCCAACGACCAGGAGGAGGACGGGGCUAAUGUGGACCUGGACUCUCAAAGGAAAGGAAAGUGCGCCGUCAUUAAGACCUCCACUCGACAGACCUACUUCCUCCCCGUGAUCGGGCUGGUGGACGCCGAGAAGCUGAAGCCCGGAGACCUGGUGGGUGUCAACAAGGACUCCUACCUGAUCCUGGAGACCUUGCCCACCGAGUAUGACUCCAGAGUCAAGGCCAUGGAGGUGGAUGAGCGCCCCACGGAGCAGUACAGCGACAUAGGAGGGCUGGACAAGCAGAUCCAGGAGUUGGUGGAGGCCAUCGUCCUGCCCAUGAACCACAAGGAGAAGUUUGAAAACCUUGGCAUCCAGCCACCCAAAGGAGUCCUGAUGUACGGUCCACCUGGCACUGGGAAGACCCUCCUGGCCAGGGCCUGUGCUGCUCAGACCAAGGCCACCUUCCUGAAGCUGGCCGGGCCACAGCUGGUCCAGAUGUUUAUUGGAGAUGGAGCCAAGCUGGUGAGGGAUGCUUUCGCUCUGGCCAAAGAGAAAGCGCCAUCCAUCAUCUUCAUCGAUGAGCUGGACGCCAUCGGGACGAAGAGGUUUGACAGCGAGAAGGCAGGAGACCGAGAGGUGCAGAGGACCAUGUUGGAGCUGCUCAACCAGCUAGAUGGAUUUCAGCCCAACAUGCAGGUCAAGGUGAUCGCCGCCACCAACCGAGUGGACAUCUUGGACCCCGCACUGCUGCGUUCAGGUCGCCUGGACAGAAAGAUUGAGUUCCCCAUGCCAAACGAGGAGGCCAGAGCUCGCAUCAUGCAGAUCCACUCCCGCAAGAUGAACGUCAGCCCCGACGUCAACUACGAGGAGCUGGCUCGCUGCACCGACGACUUCAACGGAGCGCAGUGCAAGGCGGUGUGCGUGGAGGCCGGCAUGAUUGCGCUGCGCCGCGGGGCCACAGAGCUGAACCAUGAAGAUUACAUGGAGGGAAUCCUGGAAGUCCAGGCCAAGAAGAAGGCCAACCUUCAGUACUACGCCUGAGGACACGGUGUGUGUGUGUGUCCAUGUUUGUUUGCGAGGGAGUCUUUGAUUAUAAAAACAGUUGUUGAGUAAACACAUGUUACAGUUGCUGAUUAAUAAAAAAGAAUACAAUUCGAA